UCACGAAAAACAAUGGCUGAAAGUGCGGAUUGUGCGGUAUUCUUUUCAUUGCAAUGUCGUUCAUGUUUGUAAAUUAGAUAUUUCUCUUGUGAAUCCGUCUCGGUUGAAAGUGAAAUCGUAUUUUAUAUCCGUACUUUAUGACUUUUUCAGUUGUUUGUGUCUAAUAUAGAACCACUACUGCUAUUUGUACUAACCCAGUGAUUUGUUGAUCAACAACCUGUUGUCAAAUGGAAACAUUGUUGUGAUACAUUUUGUAUUUAAUUUAUUGCUAGUUGUGUUCAAAUUGCAAGAGUGUUCUUGUUGGAAAUAUAUCUUAUUUUGAUCUAUAUCUCUAACAAAACCCAAGAGAAUAUCGCAAUUCAUGUGGUUUGAUAAGUACAAGAUGACUUUCUUCAGGAAAGCUAAACCCAAGUAGCACCUAACCUAUGAACAUUUUUUUUUAUGAAUAUGCCUUAAGAAAAUAACGUUUAGUAUAUUAGUAAAGCAGAAUAGCCUAUAUAUCUUACAACUACAAUGUAGUUCUAAUGAUUACGUAAUCAAUUCGUUUAGUACAAAAGUGACAUUCACAAUUAGAAGCUGGCGUCCUAUCCAAUUUCGGAGUGUGUGCCUGAGGCAGUGGGGGGGCAAGGAGUCAACCAAGGGGGCGGCUGUGGCUUGAUACAAAGAAGUGCCGCCCCCGGCAUGGCUGAAGUCAUUACUCCUAAGAGACAGGCGGUUGUUGACCGCCUUCGUCGCAGAAUUGAGAACUACAGAAAACAUCAAAGUGAUUGUGUUCCGAGAUUUAAUCAAGCUUUCAAUGGAAUUGUGGAACAAAAUGUUCAAGAUACAAUGGCCCUUAAGCAGAGGUAUCUGGAAAAUAAGUCGAAGAGAGCGGCUAAGAAGACUGAAAAAAAGAUUCCUGACAACCCCUUGCAGGGGCUUCACGCAGUUACCCAGUUCGUGCCCAAGAGAUCAGCAGGAGAUGACCACGACGGGUACGGCCACGGGGACGGUCCUCCGCCACCCAAGCAGCAGUCCAAGCCUAGUUCUGCUGAGCCGCUCACCAAGUUCUCCGUGGAGAUCGUCCAGCAACUGGAAUUUACCACCAGUGCGGGAAAUAACUCUCAGAUCUCCACCAACGUGACGGUGAAGGCCCUCAACACGUCGGUCAAGAGCGACUUGUCCACGACCACGGUCAGUCCGCAGCCGUCCACGCCUACCACGGUGGAGUGCAAACGUGAGCAAGAGGACAACCCGGAGUUUGUAGACCUUGAACAGUGCGCCGCGGCGCUAGAAAAAGACGCCGCGGCAAACGGUGGCAAUUCCUUCCCGGGCUUCUCCGAUCUGAUAGGCGACGAGACGUCGGACGCAAUCAUCACCUCUGACGCGUUCAAGGAUCUCAUCUCGGAAAUAUCCGACUUUCAUCCAGCGUUUUUGAAAGAUCUCGAUUUUGUCGGUGGUGAUAUAAAACACAACAUCCAUUCCGGAGACAACCAAAGUCACAACAACCACCAUCACCAUCAUCAACAGCAGCAGCAGCAGCAACAACAACAACAACAACAGCAGCAGCAGCAGCAGGUUCAUCAACAACACCAGCAACAACAGUUGCAGCACGUGUUCAAGACUGAGGAAGACUCCAAGAGCAACAUUCUCGGGUCCCACCAGCAACAGCGGCAAGGUAUGCAACAACAGAGGAUGUAUUCCUCGGGAAUGGACUUUGGCAAAGCUGAGCUGAGCCCGGCAGCGCAGACGCUCAAGCAGAUGGCAGAACAGCAUCAGCACAAGACGCAGCUAGGCAUUAACUUUAACCCCGCGAACAAGCCGUACAGCGAGUAUCAGUACGGCAACAACGAUUACCUUGGGAGUCCUCAGAACAAUAACGUCAACUCCCAGCAAUACAAACCGAUGGUUAGUCAAAGUCCCAAGUCGAACUAUGUGUCCAGUGAUAACAUUAAGCAAGAAGUGUUCAGUGCGCAGAACUCUCCUGGAGUGUAUUCUCCGGGCAGUGGUAAAGGCAACCAGACGCCGACGGGGCAGCCGAGACUCAACACGGGGUUCAAACAGCAGUACUCGCCCUACGGCAGUCCAGGGGCCGGUGCUCACGGCAGCCCUCAGUACACACCUAGAGCUCCUAGUCAGGGACCACCACCUCAGGCACCUCCGCCUAGACCUCCUAGCUGUCCUAGCUCUACCACACUGCAGAUCAACCAGGCGCAGCAACUGCACAUCUCACAAGCACAAGGACAACCCAUCCAGGUAUCAAUGGCCCAGAGCCAGAACUUGUGUGCAGACAUGAAGGGAACAGCAGUGUCUAUAGCGGCACAGCAGGGACUGUACACCUCCUCUGAAUCAAUGGGAUACUGCUCCGUGUCACAGAGUCAAAGUAUCAGUCUGACACAGCGGCACAGGGCGGCCCAGGAGAAAAUGAUGCAUCCGCAGGAGAAGAUGAUGCAUCCACAGGAGAAAAUGAUGACCCCGCAGGAGAAGAUGAUGCAUCAACAAGAGAAGAUGAUGCAACAGGAGAAGAUGAUGCAUCAAGAAAAAAUGAUGCACCAGCAGGAGAAAAUGAUGCAUCCUCAAAUGAUCCGCCUUCCACAGCAGCAGGUCAGGCCACCACCACCUGAAUACAAGGUGUCUCAACAUCACCCUGCCAUGGUGCAGCACCAGAACUAUCUGCCUCAGCAACGAGUCUCUCAGCAACCCUUGCCUCCUUCAGUAGGUCCCAUGAUGAGGCCAGGAGCAGGCGGAGGUGUAGUCAGUGGUGGCGGCUACAUGGUGAGCAGUGGAGGGCCCCGCAUGCAGUACAGCAGGCCCCAGAGGCCCAUACACAGCGGGGGCCCUGAGUGGAGACAUAUGCUUCAACAGCACCAGCCGCAAAGACCUACCUUCCACCAAGGACAGGGAGUGAUGUUCAGCAGUGGAGAUAUGCAGAUGGGAGCAGGACAGAUGCAGCAAGUCUCACACCUAACUGCAGCUCAGCAUCAGAGUCUGGCCAUGCAGCACUCCUCUCCGCAGAUGUCCGUCAACCUACAGAUGCAGCAGAGCAUGGCGGGGCUGAGGCAGCAUCAUCACCCCCACCCCCCCACCUCUCAGAUGAGCUUCCCCACCCCCGCCACAUCACAGUACAACAACCCGUACUCCUCCCUACCACUACAGCUACCCUCCACCAAUGACUUCAACUUGGACUUCCUAGACCACGACCAAGACCUGCUCAGCUCACUGGAGUCAGGAGCUCCGUUCAACAUCCACGACAUCUUGUAAACAGUAUUGACGUUAGCAUUCCAAUAUGAGGUUUGAUCAAUAGUGAUUGAAGCUAGGAAAAAGACUUAACUACAUUCCAAAAGCGUAAAAAUAUAUCAAAGGUUAAAGAUUACAAUGAAAACAACUAUUACAAUUACAACAUUUUUUUAAGUAUUUUUUUUUUACUAAAGUAAAGAAAAAAACAUAAAGACAAAAGUCAUACAAUUAAAAAAAAAAUUGAAUCACUUCCAAGAUUUAUCGUUACAAAAAUAGUUAUAUAACAACUGGUGCUAGGUUAAACAUACAAUUGGUUGUAACUCAUUUGACUGUAGUGUGUCAAAGAGAAGAAUAAGCUCAAAAUGUUGCUGUUAGAUAAGAGUUUUGUCUUUGUGUCAUCUAAACUGCCACAUUAGAACAUCUCUUCUCAGUUAGAGUCUUUUAAAAGCCUGCUGAUCUCAUCACUGUAGAAUAUCACAAAUAUUAGCAACUCUACUUAUCACCACACAAAUAUUAGUAUCAUAUAUAUAUACAUAUAUUUCCUUUUGAAAGAGAAAAAUAUUUAAAAUACGAUUUUUACUAUUUUUAGUUUUAUGUACAGCAAUGACAAUUUUCAACUUUCAUGUAUGAAAUUUGGAUUCAAUAAUCUAUAAUACUGUAGCAAACAGUGAUUACAAUCUAAAUGUAGUUUGACACGUUUCAAUAGAUUAUAUUUUCUGUGACCAAAUAGAUAGUAGUAGGACUGUAGAUAUGAGAACUACGUUUUUGUUUGGGUUUUGUACAACCGACUUUGCCAUCAAAGCUUUACCAACGUGUGUAUAAUGUAUUAUUACUGUUGUAUUUAUAUUAUAGCGUAUUGUAGAUUAUGUUUAUUUGAUGUUUUGAACAAAUUUUAUAUAUAGUUUUUUGUGGUGAAUGGAUGAGUGAAUGUCAGAGUGGUAGUUUUUUGGUUACAUUUUCUGACAAGAGGUCUUUCAUUAAUAAUGAAUUUAUCUCAAUACAAACAAUAAAAUUAUUAGCUUAAAAACGAAACACUUAGCCCAUGUAUAUAUGUGUAUUACCACAACCCCAUUAAUUUGAAAAGGUUUUGGUCUAUUUAUAAAGAUGAUAUUUACAUAUUAAUGCUUAUUUGAUAGGUGUAUUGUUUUUUUAACAUUGAGCAAUACUAAGACAACUCACAAGGUUUAUUGGAUAUUUUAUAGUUAAAAAUGAAUACCCUAAAAAUUAGGACGUCUGAGAGAUGGUUAUUUUUAGAACAAACGAAAAUUUUAUUACAAAUUGUAAUGUUACUCAUCUACGGAUAUGAGAUUUUGAUCAUGGAUUUGAAUUCAGGAUGAGUGUAGAACGGAAUGAGAUGAUCUGUGUGGCUUUCUUUGUUAGUGAUUAAGAUUAACUGGUUCCCAUAAUUAAAAGUGACUCGCUACCUAGAUAACAUGAAGCCCCCCUAACCACAAGUCAGCUACCCUGCUUACUAGAUGUCAUCUAGGUCUAUAGUAUGUGUGAUGGAACCUAUCUCUUGUUCUCCAUCUCUGGGCCUUAUACCAUUGACCUGUAGACGGAGGGUCAGGAGACAAGUCCCAACAAACAUACCAUAGCUUCGAACCAUCGUAAAGCUGCUCUAACUCACUCAGGCUUGAACCAGUGACCCUCUGAUCACAAGGCGAGCAUUAUAACCACUCAGCUACCCAGCAAUCCAAAGAUAAUCAACUUUUUUAAUAACCGAAACUGUCGUAACUCAAAUAAAACAAACCUUGUGAGUUAUGUUUUUCUUUGGUUGGACCUUUAGUUGCAAUGGUGCAAAGUGAAUAAAAAUACCUUAUGUCAAAAUAAAACUAAAACUCACAUUCUUAGAGGGAAAAAGAUAUUGCAAUUAUGCAUUUUUAAGAAGCUAGUUAUUUAUUUUCUUUAAAAAGUGAAUCAAUCUAUUUUACAGAAUUUCUUCUGUUAGUGCUCUGAGCUCCCAUGACAUAGUGUGUGUGUGUGUGUGUGUUUGUAACUUGACUGAACAAGUCAAUUGAUCUCUGAGAGAGUGAGUGGGUCAGGAAGCAGGACUGUCCAAUAGUUGUAGUCGAGUCAAUUAAUAUGUGUCACUUGUCAGUUGAUUGCCGCUGUCAACAGGUAUAGAACGUGUCAAUUGGUAGCGGAAUGCGCAUACGCACAACUCCCCCAACUACAGUAAUCUCUACAUUUGAUUGACGUUGGAUUAAUAUAACAAAACUAGCGUCCAGUCUUGUUGGGAGUGUUUCCCACUUCUCUAUCCCUACACGCCAUCCUAAUUGACAUGUUCUUGUAGCUGGCAGAGGCCGUAUUGUAGUUGUAUCCAAAUGCGUUCCAACCCUGUAAAAUCACUGCCAUCCACGAAUCACAGUCCUGUUUCAUAACUGACUGUACUAUUGCCAGAAAUAAUAAUUUAAGAAGAUAUUUUUACAAAGAUUUUAACCAAUAUUUGUUAUUAUAUUUGCAGUUUAGUUUUGUAUUUACGAUUAAUUUUGUUUAUAUCGAAGAAUAAUGUUAUUAAAUAGUUGUUAUAAUAGUAUGUUAUAGAUUAGUUAGAUUCCAAGAGAAUGUUGCUUUUUACAGUUUGGUACUUAAAUAGGGGUGACAAAGCGCUCCAUUCUCCAUCAGACCUGCUGUAAUCUAAUCAACUUAAUGAAAAUCUCAGUUGUACGAGCUAAAAAAUAUAUUAUUUUUCAUUUAAGUUUAAUGGUUUGGUUUUCCCUAUAUUAAUUGAUUUUUUUAUCUAAUUAGCUUUCCUUUUUCUACCUUACCUGAAAUAAGCUACUACAGUUGACCUACAUAUUUCUAUGUUAUGAGUUUAUUUUAUUAGAUCACACUAUAAACGUUAGUGAAUUAUUUUGUUGUUCUAAAACUUCUUUGAAAUUAACUGAAUAUUAGUUUUUAGUUUUGACUUGACUGUUGAGUUAUUAAAAUUUGUACUCUUAAAUAAAAAAAUUUUUUUAGAUUUUUUAAGGAUCAUAUUUGGUAGGAAACUGUAACUCAACACCAAUAUUGUUCAUAUUUUAGAUAGUUGGGACGAGAAUGAUGCUGAGUACAUGACUAGAGAAUAUAACUGUUUGAGCAAAGAUUGUCAGUCAAUCACAGAUACUGUAUUUUAUAUCCUCAUAAUUAAAAGUUUAAAAAAAUUGAGCUAUAUUUGUCUGUUCUACUGAAGAGUGAGCGAGUCAGAUUCUAAGAUGAUCUGGCACCUUUCUAAAGGUCUGAAAGUUUUUUAAAUAACAUUUUUCUGCAAGAUAAUUGAUUGCAUAAAAUUUCAAAUACUAGCAGGUUUGUUGGCAGAGUACAUUGUGUUAUUAUUUAUAAGGAGUUUAAUUUCUUUGAUGAUUUCCAAACACAAAUAAACUUUGUACAAAGUAA